AUGAGCCCCUCUCAAGCCUUGCGUGCAGCCUUGAAGGGCACCGAGACGCUCGACAUUCAACGUUUCCACAUCAACAUCACCGUUGGCUCCAACGUCAACAAAUACCCUGCAAAACAACAUGCCCGCAAAGUGGCUUCCAAGCUCGGUGUCAGCCGCGGCCUUAUCUACUUGAUCGGAAAGCCAACAGUAUUCCUCGAUGACUCAGAUCAAACCAUACCAUUUCGCCAGCGACGUUACUUUUAUUACCUGAGCGGUUCGAACGAGCCGGAUUGUUAUCUCACCUACGACAUUGCGAAAGAUCACCUUACCUUAUACGUACCGGAUUUUGACCUGCGACAGACAGUAUGGAUGGGCCCUACCAUUUCAAUUGGGGAGGCUUUGGAUCGAUAUGAUAUAGAUAAUGCCCGAUACGCAGGCUCUCUCCAAACCGAUAUCAGUGCUUGGCUCCGUUUGCGCAACGAUGACUCUCAAAUCAUUAUUCUUCAUCCAGAUCAUCGACCACCCGUUAAAUAUGAGCAGGAUAUAUUCGAGACGGAGAGCCUAGUCCCCGCCAUGAAUGCGGCUCGCGGAGUAAAAGACUCGUACGAAAUCGAACUGAUUCGAAAAGCAAACAUCGUUUCUGGACUGGCGCAUACAGCGGUUUUGGAAAAAAUCGGACAGAUGACGAAUGAAUCUGAUAUCGCCGGUCUCUUUCUAGAGACGUGUAUGACUCAUGGGGCGCCGGAGCAAGCAUACGGCAUUAUCGCUGCUUCGGGCGAAAAUGGAGCGACGCUACAUUACAUGAAGAACAAUGAGGAUUUUGGGAGUCGGCUCUCGGUAUGUCUGGAUGCUGGUGCCGAGUAUGAAUGUUAUGCAUCAGAUGUCACGCGCACAUUUCCUAUCAGUAGUACGGGUGAAUGGCCCACGACAGAAGCGCGGGAUAUUUAUCUUGCCGUUGAAAGGAUGCAGGAAGAAUGUAUACGCAUGAUCAAGCCUGGAGUUCGUUUCCGUGAUGUGCACAUUCAUGCCAGUGUUGUCGCUGUAGAAGAGUUAUUGAAGCUCGGUGUUUUCAAAGAGGGCAAUUCUGUCGACGAAAUCAUGGCCUCGGGAGCUGUCUCUGUCUUUUUCCCACAUGGUCUAGGUCACCAUGUCGGGCUAGAGGUGCAUGAUGUUUCCGAACAAUCCGUCAUGGCAGCCACAGAUGAUAUGUCGCCGAGGAUGCGGGCUCGGGGUUUCCUAAUGCAGCCUGCUAGCAUGAUGUCAGCAGCACUUUUAGAGGCGAACAUGAUUGUGACGGUUGAACCUGGCAUUUACUUCAACCGUUUGGCGUUGAAGAAUGCGCGAACACUGCCUAUUGCCCGGUUUAUCGACUUUGAUGUCGUCGAGAGAUAUUAUGCUAUUGGCGGCGUGCGUAUCGAAGAUGAUAUACUUGUUACAACCGACGGCUACGAGAACCUUACUACAGCUCCCAAGGGCGAUGCGGCCCUGGCCAUUAUUCGGAAGAGUUCUGUGAAGAACUCGAGAUCAUGA